CCACACACGCCAGCCACAGCUCCCACCCACCCGACAACCAUCCCGCCCGCCCCUAGCUUAUCUCAAGUGCGGCUCGUUUCUAGCGGAGUUCAGUGCGGGACGGGGCGUGCAUCCCGCGCCGAGUUGCGUCGUCCACACCGGGAAUUGGUCCCAUGCAACGUCGACUGAGCUGCAGCGACUUAAAGCAUCGCCGUAAUCAUUAUCAUCGCCAGAUACCACUGUGUGGUGUGUGUGUGUGUUUGCAUCGAUAUAAACACAAUCAGCCGCAAUGGGUCAGUAGGCUUCAUUUAAUUGCUAAGGCGUAAGAAGAUUUCGUCCGAGCGCUUUGCGGCGGGGCGAUGGAGUGACUUGGGAUAAAGCGCUCCAUCUGAUCGUCGAGAAGGAAGCGCGGAAGCGCGGAAGGACUGACAGAAGCACACGAGGAAGAGACACAGACGCGAGCUCGGGCAAACAGGAGCGCGGCGCUUGCGUGGUAGGGGGGGGGGGGGUGUUUGCCUGAAGCUCCUCGCAUCUCAUCCUGCACCGCUCCUCGCCACAGCGCCACAGUCCCUGCUCCUCGCCUCCUCGGCUCGGUGUUUCUGCUCUCCGAGGGGAGGGUGCGACUGCGGGACAAGCGGUGGCAAGGGUGUGAGUAUCACGAUCCUAGUACGUCCCCGAUCCUGCAUGCUGACAUCAAGAGAUCUACACAACCCACGGCUGCCGCUAGAGCUAAGAAACUGCUGUUCUCCAAAGUGCUGAGCAAAGGGGAAUCUUUGGCUGACAACAUCAUAGUUGAAGCCAGUUGGACAUCACCUAACAGAACAGGGGAAGAAAUAAAUAAAAGCACGCCACUUUGUCGAAGCCUCCGCCGCUUGCACGGGCAGCACACUCGGAGAACGCAUUUGUUUCACACGCACGAGUCUUUUUUUUAUUUCCUCCGCGCUUCAACGAUGGCAGCGACGGCGUUCCUCCUCGCGCUCUGCCUGACGCUCCUCGGCGUUCACCAAGCGGCGGCAAUCGACGUCGACGCAAAAGCGGGACUCAAAUCGGACGCCGGCGACCGGAAGGUUCCCUCGCUCGUCGCGCCGGGGUCCGCCGCCGGCGACGCCGGAGUCCCGCCAAGCGGCACCUCCACCUCCUCCUCCGCCUCCUCCACCUCCUCCUCCACCUCCUCCUCCGCCUCCUCCGCCGUGGCUCAGCCUCGGGAGGGCGAGGUGGCGCGCAGGGCCCGGCCGGGCCACGUCGGCAGGGCCCACGACGCCAAGAGGGGACGCACGAGGACGAAGCGUGGCUGGGUGUGGAACCAGUUCUUCGUGCUGGAGGAGUACAUGGGCAACGAUCCCCUCCACGUCGGCAAGCUGCACUCCGACUCGGACAAGGGCGAUGGCUCGGUCAAGUACAUCCUGUCGGGCGACGGCGCGGGCACGCUGUUCGUGGUGGACGACCGCACGGGAGACGUCCACGCCACGCGGCGGCUCGACCGCGAAGAGCAGGCCUACUACACGCUCACGGCGCAGGCCAUAGACCGUCGCACGGGCCACCCCAUGGAGCCGCCCUCCGAGUUCAUCGUCAAAGUGCAGGACGUCAACGACAACGAGCCCCGCUUCCUUGAGGGGCCCUACCGCGCCUCGGUGCCCGAGAUGGCCAAUGUCGGUACACCCGUGAUCCGCGUCACCGCCACGGACGCAGACGACCCGACGUACGGGAGCAGCGCUCGCGUGGUGUACAGCCUGCUUGAAGGGCACCCCUACUUCUCUGUGGAUCCACACACUGGUGAGAUCCGCACGGCGUUGCCCAACAUGGAUCGCGAGGCGCGGGAGGAAUACCGCGUCGUGAUCCAGGGCAAGGACAUGGGCGGCCACCAGGGUGGCCUCAGCGGCACGACCACCGUCACCAUCUCGCUGUCCGACGUCAACGACAACCCGCCCAAGUUCGCUCGCAGCACGUACCCGCUGUCCGUGUCGGAGGCGGCGGGCGUCCGCUCCGUGGUCGGAAGGAUCCGCGCGGACGACGCCGACGUCGGGGAGAACGCCGCCAUGGCGUACACGCUGAUCGAAUCCGACGCUCCGGGCAUGUUUGACGUCACCACGGACUCCGACACGCAGGAGGCCGUCAUCACCCUCAAGAAGCCGCUGGACUUCGAGAACCGGGAGUCGUACACGCUGCGCGUGCAGGCGGCGAACACGCACGUCGACUCGCGCUACUCGGGCGUAGGAUCGGCGCGCGGCGUCAUCCUCGGGGGCGCCGGUGGCGGCGGCGGUGGAGCGCCACUGGGCGGGCCGUUCCGCGACACGGCGCUGGUGCGCGUCGCCGUGAAGGACGAGGACGAGCCGCCCGUGUUCGGCGCCGGCGAGUACCGCAUGGAGGUGCCCGAGAACGGCACGGAGGGCGCCUACGUGGGCAGCGUGUCGGCACGCGACCCCGACCGUGCCAAGCUGCCCGUGCGGUACUACAUCGACCGCAACACGGACUUCGAGCUCUUCUUCAACAUCGAGCCGAACAGCGGCGCCCUGAGCACAGCGCGCGCCCUGGACCGCGAGGCGAGCGCGUGGCACAACCUGAGCGUGUUCGCCCAGGAGGAGGGCAACGUGGCGAGCAAGAGCCGCGUGCGCGUCAGCGUCCGCGUCACCGACGUCAACGACAACGCGCCCGCCAUCGCCGCGCCCGACCCCCCAGACGCCACCGUGUGCGAGAACGCGCGGCCGGGCAAGCUGAUCCAGACGAUCGGCGCGGUCGACCGUGAUGAGCCACUGCCAGGACAAAGGUUUUUCUUCUCCCUCUCGGCCGACAAUCCAAACUUCACCAUCGUCGACAACGGAGACAACACCGCGGGCCUGGUGACGCGGAGGCACGGCUACCGGCGACGGGACGACGGGCCGCACCUCGUGCCGGUGGCGGUGAGCGACGGCGGGAGCCCGUCGCUGACGGGCACGGGCACGCUGACUGUGCGCGUGUGCGCGUGCGACGCCGAGGGCGCCGUGCUGUCCUGCACGGCCGAGGCGCUCGCCCUCCCGGCCGGGCUCAGCCCCAAGGCCCUGAUCGCCAUGCUGGCCUGCCUCCUGCUGCUGCUGAUCAUCGUGGUGCUCUGCGUCACGCUGCGCCGGCGCCGCAAGGAGCCGCUCAUGGCCGAGUCGGAGGGCGACGUGCGCGAGACGGUGGUGAGCUACGACGACGAGGGCGGCGGAGAGGAGGACACCGAGGCCUUCGACAUCGCGGCGCUCAAGCGCUCCGAGAACGGCGACGCCAGCGGGCGGCGCGACGUCAAACCCGCCGAGCCUCAGCUGCCUCCCGGGGCGCGACGGGUGUGGGAUGACCGCAUCAGCCCCGGGUUCGUGCUCGGCGUGGCCGGAGCUCCGUCUUCUGGCUCGGGAUCUGGAGGCAUCGCCAGUGGGGCCGGCGGCGACAUGGGCGGCUUCCUGCUCGACAUGCUGCGCAGGGCCGACGGCGAUCCGCAGGCGCCCCCCUACGACUCGCUGCAGGCCUUUGCCUACGAGGGCCAGGGCUCGCUGGCCGGCUCGCUCUCCUCGCUCGAGUCACGCGCCUCUUCCUCGGGCGCCGGGGCCGACCCGGACGCCGACCACUGCUACGACUACUUGGCCAACUGGGGGCCGCGCUUCGGCAAGCUCGCCGGCCUGUACGCGACGGUCGAGGGCAAGGCCGAGGAUUGACGGCGCCGCCCUCCGCCGGCCGCCGUCGCCGCGCCGCUGGCCUUUCCCGCACGCGGUGGCGGACGCCGAAGACGCCAUCGCAGUGCGAGCCGGCGGCCGCCGAUCCGUGGAGGUUUUUUUGGUGCCCGGUGGGAAAACCGCGUCGCUCCUCGCGUUUUAGCACCGUUGUGUUUCAGCGCUGGAUACUGUACCGAUUUGUAUUAAAACGAGAGAGAAAAAAUGGACACACAAAAAAUACAAGAACAAUGAACGUAAACGUUUGAAAAGUACUGAAGACAAAAAAAGGAGAAAAAGUAACAAAGUAAUAAUUCUUGAAGAAAAACGUACGGUUUGUAUUUUAUCUUUUAGGUUUCUGAAGUGCGGUGAGCAAUUACUCGUUCAAAUUCGGGAAGUGAAGUGACGAUAUUUGAAACUACUGCAUUUGGAGGGUGAACAGUUGCUGCAUUUUGCAAGUUACCGAUCCAGCAUAUGAGGCCAAGAAGAUUCGACAACUCCCACCCAAGUGAGAUGAAGAAAAUUGUGAAACAGGGCUGGAAGAACGAUGAGGAAACCUCUUGAAAUAAUCACCGGGAGACAACCCACGGAGGGAACGGCAGAAGAGUAAUCUGAAUUAGCGGAUGGAAAAAUAAAUGAGGCAUGUAUGUAUUUCCAAAAUGGGGAACCAGGUGGUAGUGAACCACGAAAAGUUUGACCAAUGCUGAAAUUAUCGUGAGGACUCCCAUGGAGUUGAUUUUGAAUCGGAGAGUUAGAGCAAGAUUGAGCGACUGUUCACUAAAGGACCCUUUGUAAUUAGUUUGUGGGAUUUAUGGUCCUCGUAUAUUCAUGUUUUGAAUACAGUGUAGGUGAACAUUAAAAGGGAAAUGCCUGUAGUUCUUGCUCAAAAAACUUUACUUUUUUUAAUUUUAGCUUCUUUUUUCAUGUUUAACUGACUACCCUUGUACAAUUAGAAUGUUCUAAGAAUCGCCCUGGCUUCUUGGAAACGAAAACAAGAUUUGGACCUGUAGCUCAGACUUUCGCUACCUGUGGGGUGGAAGGAGAACAUCAGCUUUUAUUGGCCGAUCUUAAAAAAAAAAUACCUUUGUCGAAGGGACAUUAACGAAAGUCAAAUGCUUGCAUUAUUCCAGGUGUGAGUGAGCUUAGCAUUUUCCCAGUUAAAAGUAUGAAUUGCAUGUUUUACAAUCACUCGUGCUAUGUGCCUGAGUGCACAAGGCCACCGUUGUAUCUGUGUCGUCAUAUUUUAGACAUAUUUACGUUUUUAGCAUUGCAGUAUUAUUAUUGCGACGAUUAUUAAACGGGCCGUAAUGUCACCGUUAUCCGUGUACCACAUAUCGCCUUGGAGCAGUUUGGUCAAUGCGUUUCCGGGGUUCAGUGAGAAAUUGGAGAUUUGGUUAAAGGGGGUUCCAGACAUGGAAAAGCAGUCGAGGAACGGACAUUUCGGCAGGCACGGCACACAAUGCCCUAUUCAUGUGAACAAUAACGGCAUAAGCACUAUGAUAAUAAUAAUAAUGCAUUGUUGUCAUUAUUUUGUGUUGUUUCAUUUUUUUACAUUCAUAAUAUGUGUGAAGCCUGACAUUAUGUAUGUGUCUCGUUCUAUCGCUGACCUCUCGAACACAAUCGUGUCUUCACUUUUGUGCAGACACUGCAUCUUUUAGUCUUUAUGAAAAUGUAACAUGUUUUUUUACUUAGGUGCAUACUUAUCAAUAGCUAUCCUAAUGUAGAGUGUAUUACCUUAAGGACCUUUUUAAAAUGUUUAAUAUUAAAAACGUAUUUAUGAUUGCAUAUUGUCAUCAUGUUAAAGCCAUAACCAUGAUUUGUGCCUCCGCUAAAUUUUAAGAACACCUAAUUAGGGCUGGACGGUUCAUCAACUUGUCAAUUGUUCAUGCUCGCGAGCCAUUCUCCACGUUGUUGUUGUUGUUGUUUGGACGAUGGAACUUGCACCCAUUGAGCUCUCCACCUAGUGCGACGGGUGACACGGGAGCAAAGUUAGCGGACCGGUAGAGCGUUGAGCGUUUUCUUUUCUUUCGACCAUGACACUAGAGACCGAGGCGCCAGCCCUUUUCACGCAUAGCAAGUUUCCAUUGUGUCAGUGUGGUUACCGCAAAGGGGGCGGUAUAGAAGACAAGCCCGUCCAUCCCAGUGUGACGUGAAUACGCCUCUCUGGGAAGAGUGCAGCGUGGCGGCAGAGACGGCACAAAUCAGCUGAAAUGAAGUGGGUAGAAAAAAAAAUGUAAAACAAAAAAAACUUAAUUGGCAUGGAGCUAAGACGUCACGGUUCUGGGACACUUCCUAAACCCUGAGAUCCGGAGGCUCUCAACGGACGGAAAGCCACAGCCAUGCAACUGGCGUCGCUGUAAUGGGUAUGCAUCGGCGCUGUAUGCCUGCACGAGCUGCCAGUAAUGCCGGCUAUCGUUACGUCGGGGAGGGCGAGGAUAAGCCUGCUAAUUGGAAUCGGAGGGAGCUGUACUCCUCGUCCAGCCUACUUGCGCUUGGGUGGCGGGGGGGGGCAUGCAGUUUUAGGGGGGCAAAAGGCGAGGCUUGCUUCGCGACCCUCGCCGGGUGUGCCAACCAGCCAGAUUCGUGCCCGAUCUUGCCCCCCUCAAUGCCAACCCGUGUGACCGUGAUGUCACCGUGGUUGGCGUCCGUGUCGAGCCAAUGCUAGGUCGUGCCACAGGGGGGAAAGAAAAAAAACAUUGAAAAAUCAUUACGACGUACAACACACAGAAAAUUUUUGGUAGGUUUUUGCUUUUUGGAAUAUUGAUGUUUGAAAUAUUGACGAUGGUGGAAUACUGAUGCGUGUUGACCGUAGGUUUGAGCCGCGUGGUGCCGAUAAGAUGAAUAGCAACGUGUUCGCUGGAGCUCUCCGGUGAGUUCUUGGGUUUCACCGCAUGUUGUUUGGCACGGUCUCCCGGCGUGGAGCAAACAAGGGACAAACUGUGCCGCUCAACGUGCGGUGCAACCCAAACAACAACAGUCGUGCAGCUGAGCAGCGCAACAGGGAAAACCCUGCACAGCAGCAGCAGCAGUAGCAGCAGCGUGUGCUGUGUGCAUGAGCAAUGUUGUUGGUUCAUGAUGGACUUGAAAGACUAAACACUGUCCAAUAUCAUGAAGAGAGAAUGAAUCCUGGUUUUUUUUUCAACAUCCUUCCAACAACAAAAAGGCUGUUCUGCCCCCCUCCCAGUGUUUCAGCCUUCCCACACUUCAUAUUUCACGUGGCGUAUUAACCUCAGUGCCCCAAUUAAAUCACCACUAUAGUGCAGCACCACUGACGGGCUUGGCGAAGUUUUAUCUGUAUGUCUAAAUCAUUCAAGAAAAACACGAGUUGUUUGUUUUCUCUCUCUCUCCACUGAGGGCUGGACAUCCCUGUAAGCAACAUAUGCAUCUUAGUGGAUCUAUCCACAAUAAAUAUGCUUUAAAUUAAUAAAGCAAGAUGUUUAGUGUUUUCCUAUCAUUGCACCUACAAAGGAGUACCAAACAAAUGUGUAAUCACAUUGUCUGCUGUUUCUAAUUGCAAUGCCUUGCAUGGGUUCAUUGUGGCGCCACGGUGUUUGUAAAAGUUGCUUUAAUUUGUUGCAUUAAGUGUGGCCGUGUGACUUCUGGGACUAUCAUUUCACCAUCACGACUGGACAAAAAGCUCUGCCAUGCUUUGCCUGGGCCUUGGGGUGGAUGUGUAACAAAACAAAAUAGCACGCGGUUCUCAGUCCGCAAAGAAACCAGGGAGGGGGUUUCAUCGUAGAUUUUGUAAAGCACGCAAAAAAAAGUGACACCACAAGAGGCAAACGUAAUGUGAAGGUCGCAUGACGGCAGGCAACGAUUUGGCUGAAUGCAAGAACAGCAUUUUAAUAGUUGUCGACUCCGUGUCCCCCACCUCCUGUGUGAUUGCCUACCAGUCUGUUGAACGGAUAACAUUCAUUUGAAGAGUUGAUUCCUUGAAGCUUAGCGGCGCCCUCUGUGCGUUCCCACACGCAGGGCCCUUGUGCGUGCGCUUAAGUUGCACACCCACGUUGAUCGUUGUAGGGAAGAGUGUGCACCCAUCAUGGCCCUCAGCCCACAUCGCAGUGAUCGUAUAGAAACGAAGAAGAAGAAGAACCUAAAACGCUGUGGCUGAACUUCAGUCCGGUGCUCUCGUCUGGGAGGAUGUUGGGUGCCGCAGGUAGCGUCACGGCUCCAUGACGCACGGGUAAAGCCACAGCUCGAUUCCACUGGGGCCAGUGGAGACUUCACACUGGCCGGCCACAUUGGCCAGGAGGAGUUUGGCGAUGUGUCGCAGUGUCAAGAGGUAAAAAGCACUCCAGCCUGCCCUCCCGGUGCACUGAUCUGAAAACCCCGGCCCACCCCAAAAAAAAUGUAGGUAGCGGGCAUCGAGGUGGCAGCGGCGCUGCGUCUCCUUGGCGGCGUUUGCCGGCCCAGCCCGUGCCGCUCGUCGCCAUUUGAUGAUGCAUCGCGGUCGCGGUGCUGCUACCGUGCAUUGACAGCCAACGUCGUGACGCCACGGAGCCGAGGGCUGCCUUCAAUGAACCGCGUCAACCAAGACGGGUGUUGAUAAACACAAAUAUAUACGGUAUCAGAUGCUCCGUGCGCUUCGCGAUUUAGUUACUGAUUGUCGGGUGCUUGCCCUACUGACAGCGAGAGAGAGAGAGAAAGAGAAAGGACGUGCCCAUCAUUUUAUCAGCAGUGCCUGCGUUGCAAUUAAAUCCAGAUGAUCGCGACUUUUGCUGCAGUAAAGAAAAAUGGAGGAACAACGUCAGCUUGAACUGCAUUCGGCACUGCGCUUUCGAAUCGGCCGUUGGUCACGUCAGGUUUCUCCGUUAAAUCUUGAUUUGAAGCUUUCGUGACUGCAGGAAUCCACACUGUUUGGUUAUUUCGGUAAAGUCACGUAGGUAGAAAAACAAUAGAUCACGACUUGCUGUGGUUGUCCCACCUGAUGACGAUUGCUUGUGUUGCAAUCGAAAUGUCGUGAUCUAUUAUUUUUCUGCAUUAAAUAUUCGGUGGCUCGCGUCCGUGGCCCCCCUCCGCCUCCCACCCACCCCCUUUCCUGCUUUGUGCACGAGCGUAUUGGCAGGCACGCAUUGUUACGAGCACGCUGGAGCUUUUCACGAAAUGAGUAGUGAAAAGAAGAACAAAUUGGGAGAAAAUAAAUUGACUGUCAAACUAAACCUUGUGCUCACUGCUGGGCGAGGCUGAGCAAGCGGUAUUAACUGGGAGUGAUGGGGCAUCUUGGGAGUGAUGGGAAGUGAUUGUGACAUCUUGGGAGUGAUGGGAAGUGAUGUGGCAUCUUGGGAGUGAUGGGAAGUGAUGGGGCAUCUUGGCAGUGAUGGGAGUGAUUGGGGCAUCUUGGGGAGUGAUGGGAAGUGAUGUGGUAUCUUGGGAGUGAUGGGAGUGAUUGCGACAUUUAGGGAGUGGUGGGAAGUGAUGGGACAUCUUGGCAGUGAUGGGAGUGAUUGGGGCAUCUUGGGGAGUGAUGGGAAGUGAUGUGGCAUCUUGGGAGUGAUGGGAGUGAUUGCGACAUUUAGGGAGUGGUGGGAAGUGAUGGGACAUCUUGGGAGUGAUUGGGACAUCUUGGGAAUGAUGGGAAGUGAUGUGGCAUCUUGGGAGUGAUUGGGACAUUUAGGGAGUGGUGGGAAGUGAUGGGACAUCUUGGGAGUGGUAAGAGUGAUGGGGCAUCUUGUGGCAUCUUGCGUGCUUUGUGCAUCUCCUCCGUGCAGCGCAACACUGCUUAGUGCAUGCCGAGCGAUGCCACUUACAUACGGGGCAAAUUUCGAAGACAAGAAACCGACAGCUCUGUGUACAUUACACGGAUUUUCAUUACAUUUGAAAAAAAGUACGUUAUUUUGGAUUGGGUGAGGCUAUAGUUCAGUGUUCUAAUGUAUAGUGGAAUUCAAUUUAACUUUGAGAGUAGUUUUCGGGGCACAUCGUGCAUGUGUAUUGAAUUUACAAAAGAGAAAAUGCUGUUUACUGCUUAGGGGCUCGAGUUAUUUUGUUCGUCUGAGCGGGGGAGAUUCAUUGGGGGGGUGGGUGGGAGGGUUGCGGGGGAGGGGGUGCGGCAAGGGCACUGAACCAAUGAUUCCGGGGGGAAAUCGGAGAUGAGAUUGGGAAGGGGAGCAAAGCGAGCAGUGGCGUUAGGAUCGUAAAAAAUAUAUAUAAAGAAAUAAGAAACACCAGUAGGGAAUCGGCACGUGAAAGAAAUACAUUUUUAAUAAAGCAGGCAAAGUGAGAAUAACAACGGUGCGCAGUAAUAAUAAAAUAAAGAAACCACAACAAAACAAGUGGAAGAUCAAAAAGUAGGGAGCUUUCAUGUGUCCAGUUUGAUUUAAAUCCAAAACAUCACGGCCAGGAGUCUGGCGAAUGUGUUUGGAGCCAAAGAAACCACUAAACGCCCAUCACAAUCACACGGGAGAAUGCACGAUGAGUCCCCGCUGCGGUAAAUGGAAGGGGUAGGUACAACAUUUGCCGUGGUCAGCUGGUGCUGUGGAAACCACUAUUUUAGUUUAUUUUCUCUCUCUCUUUUGGUUGUUUUUUUGUAAUAAUAUCGAUACCUGUGAUUAUUUAUACACUCAAAUAAAAAAAGCUGCAUUUGCACGAAAAAA